CCCCCCUCCCCACUAUCCCCCAUCGCGAUUUCCGGUGGCCGCGAGACGGCGUCAUGGCGGACGCGCAGCAGCAGGGCGCAGAAAUCAGCGCUUUCAGCAGCUGGACGCUGCCGGAGCUUCACUCGAAGCUCAUGGAGCUCGGGCAGCCGGUGGUAGGACAGAAGCAUGAACUUGUACUGCGCUUACAGACCUACUGCAAGAAGACUGGAGCCAUCCUUGCUCGACCUCCUGGAAUGCCUGAGAUGGGAAAAGCGGACUCUGGGAUCCCAGCAGAACAAAUGAUGGCACAAGCCACCAUGCAACAGGUCCAGGAGCGAGCAGCUAAGAUUCUCACUGAAACGCUGGUUAACGUGCUGGCAAAGGGUGGGCAGAUCCCAAUGUCAUCUUCCGGGAUGCCCCAAAAUGUGAUGGGUCCAUCUGGGAUGCCUUCUUCCACUAUGACCCCAUCGACGAUGCCCCACUCUGGAAUGCCCCUGUCAACCAUGCCCCAGUCGGGAAUUCCCCGUCCUCCCAUGCCACCCUCGGGCAUGGCUCUGCCGGGCUCCAUGCAAAACAUCAAUACCUCCCAGCUGUCAGAAGAUGACAAGCUGAAGCUCGCUCAGCAGCAGGCCGCCAUGCUUAUGCAACAGGAACGCGAGGCAAAAAUGAAAAACCAGGAGAUGGUUCUUCUUCAGCAACAAAAACGCGCAGCCCAUAUGAUGGAACAAGAGAUGCACAACAAGAUGAGGCAGAACCUGGGGCCACGCGGACCCGUGCCCACCAUGCCCAUCAUGCCUCUCAUGUCGCGACCGAGCCUGGGGCCCAUGCCAGGAUCCCGCAUGGGUCUCCUGCCGCCGCCACCGGGCGAAGACCGCAUGCACCACCAGCAUCAACAGCAUCAACAGCACCAACAACACCAACAGCACCAACAGCACCAACAGCAUCAACAGCACCAACAGCACCAACAACACCAACAACACCAACAGCACCAUCAACAGCACCAACAGCACCAACAGCAGCAAUGGUCUCAUGGUCCCGGUGGGCCUGGUGGGCCUGGUGGGCAUGGUGGGCAUGGUGGUCCUGGUGGGCAUGGAGGUCCUGGUGGGCAUGGCGGUCCUGGUGUUCCUGGAGGGCAUGGCGGUCCUGGCGGUCCUGGUGGACAUGGUGGCCCUGGUGGGCAUGGCGGUCCUGGUGGUCCUGGCGGGCCUGGUGAAGAGAAUGGAGGCGGUGGGGGACCAGGAGGGAACGCACCGGGGAGUGGAAUGGCGGGGGGCGGAGGGCGUGGGGAGCCCCGCAUCCCGCACGCGCUGGAGCGGGUGCUGCAGUACAAGGAGUUGCGACAGGAGGAGAUGGCGAAGAUGGCCGACCCCACCACGGAGGACGAGUGGGAGAACUGGAACGAGUCAUCUGCAAGGACGAGUAUCUUGGAGAAGGAGAAGGCCGAUGCCGAGGGUGAUGAGGAUGAGAACGAGAACGAGGAGAACCUCACCCCGGCCGCUUCCACUGGGCCGGAGUCCAAGAAAGAGUCGAAAAAUCGUCGACGCAAGAACAAGAAGAAGCGCAAGAAGAAUCGGCAGCAGCAGCGGCCGGACGGGGUGCCUGCGGUCAACACGAGCAAGAAGGACGGCGGCGGGGAGGGGGAGGACUCUGGCGGUGAAGUAGAGGUUGAGUACAUCACAGAGGAGCCCGAGAUCUACGACCCCAACUACAUCCACUUCCGCAAGAUCUUCCAGGCCUUCAAGCUCUCCGAGGAGGUGAAAAAGGACAAGGAGGCCGAGAAGGAGAAGGAGAAAGGGCGCCUAGAGCAGGAGGCAGCCGCCAAGAAGAAGAAGGAGCCCGAGCGGGAGAGAGACAGCGAUGACGACGACGAUGAUGACGACGACGAUAAGAAGGAGUCGCAGCCGAAGCUGUCGAAGAAGAAGCUGCGGCGCAUGAACCGGCUGACGGUCGCCGAGCUCAAGCAGCUGGUGAUGAGACCGGACGUGGUGGAGAUGCACGACGUGACGGCGCGCGACCCCAAGCUGCUCGUGCAGCUCAAGUCGACGCGCAAUACGGUGCCCGUGCCGCGCCACUGGUGCUUCAAGCGCAAGUACCUGCAGGGCAAACGCGGCAUAGAGAAGCCGCCCUUCGACCUCCCUGACUUCAUCAAGCGCACGGGUAUCAUGGAGAUGAGGCAGGCGCUGCAGGAGAAGGAGGACCAAAAGACGCUCAAGUCAAAGAUGCGCGAGAAGGUUCGGCCGAAGCUCGGCAAGAUCGACAUCGACUACCAGAAGCUGCACGACGCCUUCUUCAAGUGGCAGAGCAAGCCCAAGAUGACCAUCCAUGGGGACCUCUAUUACGAGGGAAAGGAGUUUGAGACGCGCCUGAAGGAGAAGAAGCCGGGUGAUUUGUCGGACGACCUGCGGAUCGCACUAGGCAUGCCCAUAGGCCUGAACUGUGCCAAGGUGCCACCCCCCUGGCUCAUCGCCAUGCAGCGCUAUGGCCCACCACCAUCGUAUCCCAACCUCAAGAUCCCAGGCCUCAACUCGCCCAUCCCAGAGGGCUGCACGUUCGGAUACCAUGCCGGCGGCUGGGGCAAACCGCCCGUGGACGAGAUGGGCCGCCCGCUCUACGGUGAUGUGUUCGGUGUGAGCGCACAGGACUUCCAGGAGAAGGCGGAGGAGGAGGACAUGGACCGCACCCCCUGGGGAGAGCUGGAGGCCUCCGAUGAGGAAGAAUCUUCAGAGGAGGAGGAGGAAAGCGAGGAUGAGGCGCCAGACGCAUCCGGCCUCAUCACGCCCGCUGACAGCGGCCUUGUGACGCCUGGCGGUUUUGCAUCUGUGCCGACCGGCAUGGAGACACCGGACAUGAUUGAGCUGAGGAAAAAGAAGAUUGAGGAGCUCAUGGAUGGUGGGGAUACACCGCAGCAGCUCUUCAUCCCGCUGCCGGAAAAGAGAAUUGGCGUUGGCGCUGCCAUGAUGGGUUCCGCGCACAUCUACGACAUGUCAACGGUGACCGGACGCAAGGGCCUGGUUGGCACGGGGCCUGGAGGCAUCGGUGUUGCCGGUGGCGGCGGUGGCAUUGGUGGAGGCGGCGGAGGUGGCGGUGGAGGCGCAGGAGAGUCACAGGGCGUGGAGGUGGCGCUGGCGCCCGAGGAGCUGGAGCUGGACCCGACGGCGAUGACGGCCAAGUACGAGGAGCGUGUGCGGGAGCAGCAGGCCCAGGUGGAGAAGGAGGACUUCAGCGACAUGGUGGCAGAGCACGCUGCCAAGCAGAAGCAAAAGAAACGCAAGGCCCAAGCCCAGGACGCAAACAAGAGCGCCAAGAAGUACAAGGAGUUCAAGUUCUGAUGGCAGCUGGCUUCAGUGGAUCCCAGUAUUUGCUGUUGUCUUUAUACGCAUUUUAUUUCUGUCAGUCUAGCCCAUGUGGACCACAGCAAGGCUGUUUCCUCAGUGCAUUCGUCUAAAAUAAAAACAUUCUGAAUAUGUUUUACAGGCCUAAUGAUACAAGUGUUUUUUGUCAAACAUGGUUCCACCAAUUGGCUUUCCAUGGCUGCCAAUAUUUGUUCACGUGUGCAAAUACAUUUAGUGUUUGUUUGCCAGGUAAACCCAGUCCUUGUGACCCAGUCACCUUUCCACUUUUAUAAAAUUCCAAAUACAAAUAAAAGUACUGGUGGUAAACAUCCAACACCUGAUGUAGAGCAUGAAAUGGAUGCCGAUUAUAAACACCAUCAGGAUGGAUGUGAACCAAUCACUUGCAUGUAGUGUGCAACCUAUUUGGAUUUUUAAUGGGGAAUAAUGGUAAACAUGGAAAGGUGACUUAAAUGGAUUUUGGGAAGCUCUUAGUUCAUACGUUUGAUCCUUAUGGCGGCACCCCAGGGUACCAAAUAAUAUAAAAUGGCAGAAUUUUUUUUCUGGGACACUUUUUUCAGGGGUGUACUUAACUCCCUUGACUGGGGUACCAAUCAAUCCGAAAUCAGUGCUAUUCAGCGACGUAGAAACGCGGCGAGGACUAUUGCGCUGAAACCAUGAACGCUCCUACACACAGUAGUGGUGGUGCAUCGUGAGUACAGCUCGUCGAGAUGAGUCGAUUGCCACAUCGCCGACCAUCAACAGACUAAAAAUGACUGCAUCACUGACAUGCGAGAGCCGGGGUACUAUGGUACUGCCAUAAGGUUCAUUUAGUCUACUCAUCUGAAUCAUUGACAUUUGGGACAAAUUAAAGGUGAUGGCGUUGGAUGUGAGAGUGCUAUGAUGUGGCUUAGCUGCGAGUUUACUUGCGUCAGUCAACAUCACUGUGCGUACGAACAUUAAUGGAUUUGAAAAUUCAAGGCCAAAUAACUUCAUAAAACCGCACACGAUGAUCGAGACUGGGUUCCAAGGGCAGGGAACAGUUUUCCUGGCUGUGUCCGCUAUCAAAAUAUUUUAAAUGUAAAGAUAGACGAGUUAUAAAUUUUCAUUUUCCACCCACGUUUCCCCCACAGGGUGCAAAAAUUCCUGCCAGUCUUGGAGCGCUGUAAUCCAUUGGGAUGGUCAAGCAGCCUCCAUUUAGAGCAAGUCGUGGGUGUUUGUGCGUGCGCGAUUGUUUUUUUUAGUUAACUUCCCAAGUGUUGUACACAAUAAAAUUCACAUCAGAAAAUUCA